CAGCCCCCGGCGCCAGCGGCCAAGAUGGAAGACUGUUUAUCCAAAAAAAUAGAAAUCACCGUUUCGGAAGCAGAAAAACGGACUGGGAGAAAUGCCAUGAACAUGCAAGAAACCUACACUGCUUACCUCAUCGAGACAAGAGCUGUGGAGUCCCAGAACGAAGGCCAGUGCUCCCCGGUGGACUCCCUGUGGCGACGUUACAGUGAAUUUGAAUUGCUGAGGAAUUAUUUGUUAGUAACUUUUCCUCAUAUUGUCGUUCCACCUUUGCCAGAAAAAAGGGCUGACUUUGUUUGGCACAAGCUAUCAGCAGAUAAUAUGGAUCCAGAUUUCGUGGAAAGACGAAGAAUUGGUUUGGAAAACUUCUUGUUACGUGUGGCUUCACAUCCUGUUCUUUGCCGGGACAACAUCUUUUAUUCAUUUUUAACACAGGAAAGUGGAUGGAAAGAAAUGGUGAAUGAGACUGGAUUUCAGCUAAAGGCAGAUUCCAGAUUAAAAGCUCUUAAUGCAACAUUCAGAGUGAAAAACCCAGACAAGAGGUUUACUGAGCUCAAACACUACAGCGAUGAACUGCAGUCUGUCAUAUCACACCUUCUGCGAGUCAGAGCUAGGGUAGCAGACCGGCUAUAUGGUGUCUAUAAAGUCCAUGGAAACUAUGGAAGAGUUUUCAGCGAGUGGAGUGCAAUAGAAAAGGAGAUGGGGGACGGGCUGCAGAGUGCUGGCCACCACAUGGAUGUAUACGCAGCUUCUAUCGAUGACAUACUGGAAGAAGAGGAGCAUUAUGCAGAUCAGCUGAAAGAAUAUCUCUUCUAUGCAGAAGCACUACGGGCAGUUUGCAGGAAACAUGAGUUAAUGCAGUAUGACUUGGAAAUGGCUGCACAGGACCUAACAUCUAAGAAACAGCAAUGUGAGGAGCUGGCAACAGGCACCGUGAGGACGUUCUCGCUGAAAGGGAUGACCAGCAAGCUCUUCGGGCAGGAGAACCCCGAGCAGAGGGAAGCCAAGAUAAAGGUCCUGGAGGAGCAGAUACAGGAAGGAGAAGAACAGCUUAAAUCUAAAAACCUGGAGGGCAGAGACUUUGUGAAAAGUGCCUGGGCUGACAUCGAACGGUUUAAGGAGCAGAAGAAUCAUGAUUUGAAGGAGGCACUUAUUAGCUAUGCUGUCAUGCAGAUUAGCAUGUGCAAAAAGGGAAUUCAAGUUUGGACAAAUGCAAAGGAAUGCUUCAGCAAGAUGUGAUUACCUGGAAGUGAAUUCUUCCUCCAAGUGCCAGAGAAUGGAAGCACAAGCGUGUAACACCAAUGUUAAGUUGCUAUAUGACUUGCAUAUAAAUCAUAAAAUAAAUGAGUUGAGUGAAUAGUUUUUCUUUCUGCUGAUUGUAAUUGCUAAUAAAGGACAAAAAGGACAUGUUCUUAAGCGUUUAGCCCUUGACUGCCAGGUAUGAGGCAUGUUUUAUAUGUGGUAGCAAAUAAUUCAGGGGUAAAAAAGUUAAUGAAAACUACAGCUCUGUGUUGGGGCAAAGGUACAGGGAAGGUUAUCCCAGGAAGUAUGAACUGAACUGUUCCAUCUGAGACUUCUGAAACACCAUGCUCUGUAUUGUGCAGAUCAUUUCCAGAUGCCCUUCUUUUCAGCCCUUGCUGUUUAGAAUUUGUAAUGCUCCAGGGUGUCUUGUUUUCCUUAAUGGGACACACAGUUGUGUUCUUGAGGCUUACACCAAGAGAGGACAAAAAAUGAAAUAUUAUAACACCUAGGGUUCAUAUUUAAAUGCCUUUGCAUGUCCAUAGAGAAAUGUGCUUUUCCAAAGUUCAGGUUAAGCAGUCUUAAGCUCCUGAAAUGUUUGAAACUCUCUACAGUAGAGGUGUUGUAUAAUGGUUUAACACAAUAUUCUGCAUUUAUUGGUUCCCACUUAAGUUUUUGUGCAGGCACUGCUUUCUUAUCAGAUUUCCUUCUGCAAGGAAAGGAGCCUGGUGAUCCAGCUGAGCAGCAAAACCAAAGUCAAGGCUGGCAGGCAGCAGGCGCAGCUCCC